AUGCGAUCUGGUGACUUGCUGGUAGAGAUCAAAACUCGUAAGCAAGCUCACCAAAUUCAAAAAUUAAAAGUCUUGUCAACAGUUCCUGUCAGUGUCAGCCCCCACCACUCAUUAAACACAUCUAAGGGUGUUAUCAUUUGUGGGGAAAUAUUCAAUCUUCCUGUAGACUUAGUUGCAUCUGAAAGGAAAUCUCAAGGUGUCACACAUGUACAACGCAUUACUAUCCGACGAGAUGGUAAUGUUCUUGAAACCAAACAUCAUAUUCUAACUUUCAAAUCACCAAAAUUACCAGAAUUUGUCUAUGCAGGGUAUAUAAAAUUACCUGUCAGACCAUACAUUCCCAAUCCCUUAAGAUGUUUUAAUUGUCAGCGUUAUGGACACUCUAAAGCAAAUUGCCGCGGGACACUCACUUGUGCUCGCUGUGCUGCUAAAGACCACGAUAGCCAGCAAUGUUCUGCACCCGAAAAGUGCGUGAACUGUGGCGGCAGUCAUGCGUCAUACUCUAGAUUAUGCGAACGUUGGCAACUUGAAAAGAAAAUAAUAACUCUUAAAAUCAAAGAAAACAUUUCCUAUCCUGAAGCUAGGCGAAAACUUGUAGUACAAACGCCUACUCCGGGUCUGAGCUAUGCAUCUGCUCUGCAAAAAUCCUUUUAUGCCAAUUGUUUGUGUCCAAAUUGUACAAAAACUGCCAACCGCUCAAAAAUAACUAAAGACAUCCGAUUCUGA